CCCCUCCCCCCUCGAUCGAACUUCGACGACAGACAGCGAUACCCAACUACCGGCGAGAUCGAACGGGCAAAUACGCAACAAUGUUGAGGCAGACAUUGGCUCGCUCGGCUUGGCGGACGCGGGCCAGAGCCAGUUUGGUCGCCAACAGGACGUUUUCUACGACGACGGUGAGGCCGGCUGAGGUUGAGCUUACAAUUGAUGGGAAGAAGGUUUCGAUUGAGGCUGGUUCCGCGCUCAUUCAAGCUUGCGAGAAGGCGGGUGUGACCGUUCCCAGAUACUGCUACCAUGAGAAACUCAUGAUCGCCGGUAACUGCCGCAUGUGCCUCGUCGAAGUCCAGAACGCCCCCAAGCCCGUCGCCUCGUGCGCAUGGCCCGUCCAGCCCGGCAUGGUCGUCAAGACCAACUCGCCCCUCACACACAAGGCCCGCGAGGGUGUCAUGGAGUUCUUGCUCGCCAACCACCCCCUCGACUGCCCCGUCUGCGACCAGGGAGGCGAGUGCGAUCUCCAGGAUCAGUCGAUGCGCUACGGCGCUGAUCGUGGCCGGUUUCACGAGAUUGGCGGCAAGCGCGCGGUCGAGGACAAGAACAUUGGUCCUCUGAUCAAGACGAGCAUGAACAGGUGUAUUCACUGCACGAGGUGCAUCCGCUUCUCCAACGACAUUGCUGGUGCCCCCGAGAUGGGCUCGACUGGUCGUGGCAACGAUAUUCAGAUUGGCACUUACCUCGAGCAGAACUUGGACUCGGAGAUGUCGGGUAACGUUAUUGAUUUGUGCCCUGUCGGUGCGCUGACUUCGAAGCCGUACGCCUUCCGGGCGCGUCCUUGGGAGCUGAAGAAGACCGAGUCGAUUGAUGUGUUGGAUGGGUUGGGAUCCAACAUCAGGGUUGACUCGAGGGGUUUGGAGGUCAUGCGCAUCUUGCCUCGUUUGAACGACGAUGUGAACGAGGAGUGGAUCAACGACAAGACUCGCUUUGCUUGCGACGGUCUCAAGACGCAGAGGUUGACGAUUCCUCUGGUGCGCAGGGAGGGCAAGUUUGAGCCGGCUACUUGGGAGCAGGCUCUUACCGAGAUUUCGCAUGCUUACCAGACGCUGGCUCCCAAGGAGAACGAGUUCAAGGUUAUUGCUGGCGCUCUGACCGAGGUUGAGUCUUUGGUCGCCAUGAAGGAUCUUGCCAACAAGCUUGGUUCGGAUAACCUUGCUCUCGACAUUCCCGGCGGCAGCCAGCCUAUUGCUCACGGUGUUGAUGUCCGGUCCAACUACCUCUUCAACUCCAAGAUCUGGGGCAUCGAGUCUGCCGACUGCGUUCUUCUCGUUGGCACCAACCCCAGACAUGAGGCUGCGGUCUUGAACGCCCGCAUCAGAAAGCAAUGGCUCCGCUCUGAUCUUGAGAUUGGUGUUGUUGGCGAGACGUGGAAGUCUACCUUUGAGUUUGACCACCUCGGCCGGGACCUUGAGGCCCUCAAGACUGCUCUCAGUGGCGAGUUUGGCAAGAAGCUCGCUUCCGCCAAGCGGCCCAUGAUUGUUGUUGGCUCUGGUGUCACGGAGCACCCCGACGCCAAGGCCUUUUACGAGGUCGUCGGCAGCUUCGUCGAUAAGAACGCCGGCAACUUCCAGACCGAGGAGUGGAGCGGCUACAACGUCCUCCAGCGCCAGGCUUCCCGCGCGGGCGCCUUUGAGGUCGGCUUCGUCGUCCCCAACGAGGAGGUGGCCAACACCAAGCCCAAGUUUGUCUGGCUUUUGGGUGCCGACGAGUUUGACGCGGCCGACGUCCCCAAGGACGCGUUCAUUGUUUACCAGGGCCAUCAUGGUGACAAGGGCGCCGAGAUUGCGGACGUUGUCUUGCCCGGUGCGGCGUACACGGAGAAGGCGGGCACCUAUGUCAACACGGAGGGCCGCACGCAGAUGACGAGGGCCGCGACGGGCCUGCCGGGCGCCAGCAGGACGGACUGGAAGAUCAUCCGGGCGGUGAGCGAGUUCCUUGGGGCACCGCUGCCGUACGAUGACGUGGCUCAGCUGAGGGACAGGAUGGUGGAGAUUUCUCCUGCGCUGGCGGCGUACGAUGUUGUCGAGCCGGUUGCGCUGAGGGAGCUGAGCAAGGUGCAGCUUGUGGAGCAGAACAAGGGGGCGAAGGUUAGUGGGGAGCCAUUGAGGAAGGUGGUGGAGAACUUUUAUUUUACGGAUGUGAUUUCUAGAAGCUCCCCGACGAUGGCGCGCUGCUCGGCGGCCAAGGAGACGGGUGAUCCCAGGACGAACUUCAUGGCUCCGGGCAUGGAGGAGGAUAGGCCGAUGGGACAGGUUGAGUAUGGUGUAUAGAUGUUUGGAGCAGGCAAGCAUACCUACAGGAUGGGUUUGGGGGGUGGAAAAGAUGUGUUGUGUGUUGUUGUGUUUUUGUUGUACAAGGUUGAGACAGGA